GACCCGAAACCUUCCAUUAACCAAAGCGAAAGAAAACCUAUUUCCCAAUUUCGGCCGACUUUGUGUCUUCUUCAAACCUCCGCCCACACAAAACGCAAAAACCUUACCUUCCAUGGGAACGCCCGAGACUUCUCGAGAGCCUUGUCCAGAUCGGAUCCUCGACGACAUCGGUGGCGCCUUCGGCAUGGGCGCUGUCGGUGGCUCCGCCUUCCAUUUCCUCAAAGGCAUCUACAGUUCUCCUAAAGGUGCUCGUCUUCUUGGUGGUUCUCAAGCCGUCCGAAUGAAUGCUCCUCGUAUUGGCGGUAGCUUUGCCGUUUGGGGUGGCUUGUUCUCCACUUUCGAUUGCUCCAUGGUCUACCUCCGUCAGAAGGAAGAUCCAUGGAACUCGAUCAUAGCCGGUGCUGCUACUGGCGGCUUCCUCCAGAUGCGUCAGGGCGUCGGCGCCUCCGCCCGUUCGGCUUUGUUUGGCGGUGUUUUGCUGGCUUUGAUUGAGGGAGCCGGGAUCAUGCUUAAUAAGGUUCUUAGUCAACCGCAGAACGCUCCUAUUAUGAUCGACGAUGCCGGUGCUAUGGCAGGCGUCCCUGGUUAUCCUAUGGAUCAGAUUCCGGGACUAACGCCACCGGGAACUUCGUCGGCAAGUCCGGGAUCUUCAGAUGCAAGUUCAGGGUCGUGGUUCGGAGGAUUGUUCGGUGGGGGACAGAAAAAGGAUUCAGAGGCAAAUCGUGGGGAUGGGGAAACGAAGAUUUUGGAGAGCUUCGAUUCACCGCCGGUGCCAAAUUUCGAGUUCAAGUAAAUAUUCUUUAUUCUAAGAUUUUGAUUUGUUUAGGGAAAGUGAAGUAGGAUUGGAAUUUUAUGAUUCAUGCUGACUUGAAAUUGCAAUGGGUGAAGUGUUCUUUUAUUGUUUGUUGUUCUGAAAUAGUGAUCUGUAACAAUAAGAUUGUAGAACACAGCAUUCAAUCAAUUGAGGAACAUUAUUUUUACCAA